UACAGCCAAGCGUAGGAUGAUCACACUGGAAGUUAAUCUUCUGCUUCCCUGAAUGUGUAGAUGAUGGACGAGUGACAACCUGUAGUGUCGUCUUGUCACGUUGGCGAGGUGUGGUGGUAUAAGGAAAGCCCUCCGCCUUGAUAAAGUUGAUAACAAAAGUCGGCGUGGGCCCGCGGCUGGUGGUUGUCUGGGCGCGCGCUGGUAACCACCUCAGUGUGCUCUGCGCUGGGCUUAGCUGCGGAACUUUGCUGCCUUCUGACUGUGCCGUGUGUGUGUGGGUGUGGUGUAGUGUGGUACAGUUGUGGCGCUGCCACUGUGGGGUGUGGUGGAGGUCGGUAGGACCGUAUAGCGUGGUCGGUGAGGAGUGCUAGCCGACACCGCAACCAUGGGGUGCGCCAUGUCUGCGGAGGAGCGUGCCGCUCAGGCUCGUAGCAAACAGAUCGAAAGAAACCUGAAGGAGGAUGGGAUUCAGGCGGCGAAAGAUAUCAAGCUUCUGCUACUAGGAGCGGGAGAGUCUGGAAAGAGCACCAUUGUGAAGCAAAUGAAAAUUAUCCACGAGUCUGGCUUCACUCCCGAGGACUUCAAGCAGUACCGGCCGGUCGUAUACUCCAACACCAUCCAAUCCCUCGUGGCCAUCCUGCGCGCCAUGCCCAACCUCGGAAUAUCCUUCGGCAACAACGAGCGAGAGCCUGACGCAAAAAUGGUGUUCGACGUGAUCUCCCGUAUGGAGGACACAGAGCCCUUCUCAGAGGAGCUACUGUCUGCCAUGAAGCGCCUCUGGGCCGACACGGGCGUGAAGGAGUGUUUCGGCCGCUCCAACGAGUACCAACUCAACGAUUCGGCUAAAUAUUUCCUGGAUGACUUGGACCGCCUGGGCGCUAAGGAGUAUCAGCCCACAGCACAGGACAUCCUGAGGACCCGUGUCAAGACCACUGGAAUCGUAGAGGUUCACUUCUCCUUCAAAAACCUCAACUUCAAGUUGUUUGAUGUUGGUGGACAACGCUCAGAGAGAAAGAAGUGGAUCCAUUGUUUUGAGGAUGUGACAGCCAUCAUCUUCUGUGUGGCCAUGUCUGAAUAUGACCAAGUGUUGCACGAGGAUGAAACCACAAACCGCAUGCAAGAAUCACUGAAACUCUUUGAUUCUAUUUGUAACAACAAGUGGUUUGGUGAAACGUCAAUCAUCCUGUUCCUCAACAAGAAGGAUCUCUUCUUGGAUAAGAUUGAGAGGUCUCCACUCACCAUCUGCUUUCCAGAGUACACAGGUCCAAUGGAAUACAAUGAAGCUUCGGCAUACAUCCAAGCCCAGUUUGAGGCUAAGAAUAAGUCAACCAACAAGGAGAUCUACUGCCACAUGACCUGUGCUACUGACACCACCAACAUCCAGUUUGUGUUCGACGCUGUGACGGACGUGAUUAUUGCCAACAACCUGCGAGGGUGUGGCCUUUACUGAAGUGUUUGUGUGGAGCUUCCAAGAUGUAGGAGCUGAUUGUUUGUUACUUAGGCCAAGUCCUCCUCAAGAGGCAUUAUCUUGACUAAGAUCAUAAGGCUGUUAUAUUAAUACCAGUGUUGUUAUCUUAAAAUAAAUUUUUGGUGGUCAAAAGAAAGUUUUAAAGUAUUUAUAAAAGUUUUACAACAAGUCAACAACACUGACUUACUUGUUAUUAAUUUUAAACUCUUAUUUCUCCUCAGAAGUUAUGAACUAGUUUGGCAAGCAUCAAUUAAAAUAAUGAAACUUUUCUUCUUUUUCUUUUUUUUUAUUUAUUUUCUUCUAAAAAUUAAUUCAAGAUUCAUACUUUGGUCUUUUCCUUUCCAAGUUUAUUUAUGUGAGUAUGAUAUUAUUGAAGUGAAAGUACUUUUUGAAAAUUUUACUGUUACAAAAUUUAUGUAAGUUUGUAUGUGUGGGCUUGUGGCUGUGAAUGUGAGUGAUAGCACUGCACAGGGUUCUUUACCACCAUCAUGCAGAUUUUUUGUGUUAUUCACUCUUAUUAUUAUUAUACUAUUUAAAAUACAUUUUCAUAAUUGUGUUCUAUAUCAUGGCAACUCUGCUCAACUUCAUUCUUUAAAUUAUAACUUUUAUUUUUCCUGAAUUACAUUUUUAUGGACAAUUUAAUAUAUAUUUUUAUAUUAAUUUUUGUUACCUUAAGAUUAUUUACUACCUAGAAUGACUUUCUUAACAAAGACUGAAAUGUUUUGGCUUAUAUUGUCCAGUUUUCCUUGUACCUUGCUUAGGAGAACAUGAAGGCAUUUUCUUUAUUCUAUCUAAUGUAAAUAAGGGCCAGUAUAAGUUAUCAUUGGACCUUUUGUUCUCUCUCUUUAAAAACUAUCAAAAUUUGUGUGUGCCAUUGUAACAAUGUUUUUUUUUUUUUUUUUUUUCCACACAAUAUCAAUUGAGUGCCAUGAUCUUACUCCUAUGUACCUGGAUAGAAAUGGUUCAGCAGACUCAUAAGCCAAAGUUUUUUUCCAGACUGUCUUAUAUCAUCUGAGUUUUUUUCUAUUAUUAUUUAACUUAUUGUCAAGAAUAGGUCUUCAUUUAUCUCUUGUUUUUUAUGACAUAUAUUAAAACCUUUUUUUUUUUUUUUUUUUUUUUUUUUUUUUUUUGCCUGUAAGUUUGUAUGUAUCAGAGUGAGGAAUAAUAAUAACGAAAUAUUUAUGGUUUAGCAUCACAGGCUACUGCAUAUAAGCCUUAAUGAAAAUUUAUUCUCAAGUUUAUUGAUUAAUUUGGUACAUUCCUAUACUAUCACAUGAUGUGGUACUUGUGUGGUACUGUGAAUGAAAUGCAAUGUAAAGAGACCUACACAAAUUAGCAACACUGGCAGUAAAGAACUUCACGAUCACAUAGAUGCAUUGCAAGCUUUUCCUUCACAGUUCACUGAAAGGCAUAUAUUUUGUAAGCAUAUGACAUUGACUGUAUAUUUGAAAAGUUAUUGCAUGUAUGAUUGUGUGAAGAGAUGCAUUAUUUGUAUUAAUAGAUCUAUUCAAUGUAUACUUUGGAAGUGGCAAGGAAGUCAGUCGUCUUUCAUGGAACAAUAACAACGUCACAGAUGCUUAUCAUUAACACACUGAACACUUUGGAAUGUUUUGUGUACCAUCAGAUUUAGAAGUUUUGUACUGUAUAAGUAGCAUAUCUUGUACUUUGUAUAAUUUUUCCUAAAAGUAUUUUUUUUAAUCUUACACAGCUUUAAGAUUUAGGUUCUCCACAGUCCUCAAUACUUGGAAUUCAGGUGAAUGACAUCUUUAGACAAGGAACUCAACACUUAAAAAUAAGUUAAUAACAGCACUUUAAGCUGACAAUCCUCACUUAAUGAUCACACUGUUUACAGAUUCACACAACCUCCUCAAAGUUUCAGCUGUAAUUAUUAGAAUAAGCUUUCUUGACUUUUGGCCAUAACACUGAGGAGUUCCCCUAUUUUUGGUCUCACAUCAUGUUUUUAGACAUAUGUUAUAUAUUGCUUUUCAUUAUCAGCUUAUUUAUUUAACAACUAUCAUGUUUGAUAAUACAUAGUAGAAUUUCAGCCAAUAUCACUUUCAAAACUAGAAGUGGCUCUAAAACUGACAAAAGAAAUACUAUGUAUCAGCAAGUCCAUAGUAAUAUACACAGAGAAAAAUCCUAGAAGACAAAAUGUGAUGGUGUUUGGAAUAUCAGGAUUUUUCAGCAUUUAGAAACUUCAUAUUCAAAACUUUGACCUUAAUGAGGUUGUGAUUUAAUGUAUUAACAGAUAGAUAAAUAACUGUCCGAUGUUCAUUUCUUCAUUUUUCAUUUAAUGAUAUACUGAGCAUUAAUUAUGUAAGUCGUAAGAGAUGAAAAAUAUUGACUUGCAAAUCUGAUAGAUGUAAGUAUUUUAUUUCCUUAUCUUAUACAGACAACAUUUUAUAACCUUUCUCACCCCAUUGUACAAACUGGAUAACAUGAUCAUCACUUAAUCUCUGCUCUUAUAAGACUUUUUAUCUCUGUACAGCCCAUGGUCAUGUUCUCCUGUUUAGGAUACAGAAAUAAGGGGAAUUUCCAGGUGCCAGGAUGAGGCCCCUUCCUCUGAUAAUAGUCCAGGAGGUGGUGGUGGUGGUGGUGCAACAGUGUGGUGGGAUGCAGCAAUUAAGGGAACAUUGGGAAAGUUGUUACAAGUACGAAUGUUGUGACUUGCAUUUGAUUUUAUUCAGCAUAGAAUACAUAACAUUAUAAGUGAUGUGUAGCAUCUUAGGUUUUGUGUGUGUGUGUGUGUGUGUGUGUGUGUGUGUGUGUGUGUGUGUGUGUGUGUGUGUGAAGAAAAUGGAUAUGCAUGCUUCCUCACUGGUGUGUGCAUACCUGCAUAUAUGUAUUAUACUAUCAAUUAAAUGUAGCACAAAAUUAGGUACACUUAGACCCAAUAUGAUACUGGAACUUUUAGUAAACAGUAAAUUACUCUCGUUAUGAUAAUGUAGGAACAUCCUUCUGCAUCCCACCACACCAAUGUGACCAAACAAACCACUCACGAAACAUACAUCAAAUAUAUGUACACACUCCUUUUGAUAAGGUUGUAGUUUUGUGUCAGAAAAAAAUAUUGUGUAAAAGUUGUAUUUCAUAAUAGUCAACAAGAUGGUAUGUGUAAAAUAUCUCACACAUGUUCUAUGUUUAUGCCCUACAGCACUGCAGGAGCUAUGACAAAAUACUAAUACUUUGAAAAGAUAAGUCUUGGACCAUGCUUGUGUUGUUAUAUGGUAUAUAAUGAUCUGUCUCUUGAAAAAAUUAAAUAUGAAUAUAUGCUUAGUUUGUAAAGCUGUUCUGUAGUCUCAUAAGGUAAACCGGAGAGUGAGAAACUGAAAAUGGUUGAAAAAUCCCUUAUUCAUCUAUAGCCUUUCUAGAAAUUACUCCAUCAUUAUGUAGGUUAAGUAACAUAAAUACUAAUGUUAAUGUUAAAUAACCCAUCCUCUCAUUGUACUGUAAGUUACUGCUCAGUUUUGUACAGCAUUUGUCUAUGUAGGAUGUUUUGCACUUGUGUCUAUUAGAAGUCAACAUUGCUUUUGUUAUGACUUAUGUUUGAGUCUCUGUACAACAAUUUUAGCUCUCUUUAUGCCUCUAUGUUAGGCACUCCUGUGGUGAACAAUGUGUGUACUAGCCAAGAGAUGUGUAGCUGAGGCUCAGUUUGUAUCAGACUGAGCAAGAGUGAGAUAAAUGUAAUUUAUUUCA